AUGAAUUUGACGGUUUCUAACGAAGUGACGGAACAGAUUUAUGGCCCUGUUGAAGUUAAUGAGGACAUGACUCUAUCAGAUUUAAUCGCAUUAUUAGAACUCGAUUGUGGAUUUGAUACAAACAAGUCUGAUCUGUAUCAUAAUAUGGACAUUCUCAAUGUUAAUGAUGAUAAGGAUAAGCUUCUUAAGGAUCUUCAGAUAGUUGACGAUGAUUUAUUAUUGAUUAGAAAUAGAAUUACCGUGGUAAAUCCAAGUGAAUUGAAUGAUGAAGAGUACGUUGAACAAUUUAGGCGUGAGUUAUUACAAAAUCAAUACUUGAGACAACAACUGACGGCUCAAAUUCCCGGUUUGGAACAGAUGUUACAGGAUAGACAGUUAUUUUUUGAUCGUUUAAGUCCAGUUAUUUUACAAAGACGGUAUGCUGAUACGGCACAAUUACAAUCAAAUCCCUUUGGCAUUCCUCAGGAUGAAUAUACCAAAUUGAUGAAUGAUCCUGAAACUCCUGAAAACAAGAAAAGAUUAGAUGAAUUAAUAAAUCAAAGGGCCAUUGAUGAACAGUUAAGAAACGCCUACGAAUAUACCCCUGAAGUCUUUGCCACAGUAACAAUGUUAUACAUUAGCUUAGAGAUCAAUGGCCAACCUGUCAAGGCCUUUGUUGACUCGGGUGCUCAAAUGACCAUCAUGUCAAGCAGACUAGCAGAACAAACGGGGUUGUCCAAAUUGAUCGAUAAAAGAUUUAUCGGUGAAGCUCACGGUGUCGGUACAGGUAAAAUAUUGGGGCGAAUUCACCAAGCACAAAUUAGAAUUGAAACUCAAUAUAUUCCAAGUAGUUUUGUUGUGUUAGACACUCAGAUUGAUCUUUUAAUUGGGUUGGAUAUGCUAAAGAGGCACCAAGCUUGUAUUGAUCUGGAAAAAAACGUAUUGAGGAUAGCGGGCGUUGAAACUAAAUUUUUAGGGGAAGCUGACAUUCCAAAAGAUUUCGAAUCUGCCACUACAAACACCCUCAAGUCAACAGAAUCAGCCAGCGAAACAUCCGGUACCUCCGCCACGAAGACUAGGCAAAUAAACGCACCACAACCAGGGGCAGUUGCAACGCCAUCAACUGUUCCUACUUCAAGUCAUGCGAACACAUACCCCGAAAAUACCAUAAAACAACUAAUGGAUCUAGGUUUUUCACGAAAUGAGGUAAUAAAGGCUUUGGAUGCAACUGGUGGUAAUGCAGACUUUGCUGCGUCAUUUUUAUUCAAUUAG